ACAGAUUACUUUAUAACCCGGAUUGAGAGACAGGCGCAGGAUUCUCUGGCCAUUUUCAGGGUGGAAAGGAGCUCACCGUAAGCAGCAAAAAUGCCGGUCAUAAAUGUAGACGAUUUGACGGACUUGGAUAAGGCAAAAAUGGAAGUAACUCAGCUGAAAGUUGAGGUGAAACUAGAGCGAGAAAAGGUGUCUAAAUGCUGUGAGGAGGUCAUGGAAUACAUUCAGGCAGGUGUAGAGGAAGACAUCCUGGUCAAAGGCAUUUCAGAGGAGAAGAAUCCAUUCAAGGAGAAAGGUGGAUGUGUCAUUUGCUAAUGUGGACCGAGGAACACCCCUACCUUUUACUCUUUAGACCUUGGGUACUGUACAUGGACACCUGCUACUGUUUAAUCAUAGCUGGAAUCUUCGCUGCCGCCUGAGACAGGGGAAACACAAUGAAGGAUAGAUACUGAAAUUAUUCUAAAAGGCUUGUUUUACUCUGUAAAUAAACCCCCUGGAUUUGGACCCUCUCACAACUUGUGAAUUGUGCAUUCCUCUGUGAAGUGGUGAAUAAAUAAGAAUGCAUUUGUGCAA